AUGGUUAAGGCAGUGAACGCUGCCAAGUCGGAUAAGGAUGUGGAGAGGCGCUUUAUUGAGCUGGUACGCGAAUACUUUCGCUACUACUGUGAAAGAUCAACCAUACACUGUGUGCGCUAUCUUUACGAUCCCAGGCUGCAUAAUGUUGAGAGAUUCAUCUGGAGCGUGUUGCUCAUCAUAAGCGUUACGCUCUGCUGCUCCUUUUAUAUGCUGCUGUCGGAGCGUUAUGGAGCGCAGAAGCUGCAAACAGUUAUUGACGAUUCGCAGUAUCCAGUCUUCUAUGUGCAAUUCCCGGCAGUGGGCGUCUGCACGGAUAACCGCAUCAACUGGAGCAAGCUUGAUGCGGCCAAGGCACAGUUUCUGCCGGUAAAUGCUAGUGAAGAUGUUGUCGAAGUAUUUACGACUCUAGUUACAUACCUGGAAACGCUGAGGUUUGCAAACUUUGAGUAUAGCACUUCCGAAAUGGAGGAUGAACAUCUAGAGAUUUUGGAUUUUAUCAACUUAAGUGCAUUGGCCCACUUCCUAACGUUACGCUGUGAGGAUAUUCUGGUGCCAGGCUCUUGUAAGUGGCGACAAUCGUCCUUCAACUGCUGCGACUACUUUGUGCUGGAGAGGACUGAGUAUGGUUUCUGCUUGGUAUUCAACUCGGAACUAUCGGAUCGUUCAAAGGAAAUUAAAAAGCGUGAGGGCGCCGCUUACUAUCCGAAGCACAAUGCCAAGGCUGGUCAGAGCUCGGGUCUCAAUUUCAAUCUACUGCUGAAAGAGCGUUUUAAGCGCCCAGAUACUUUAGCCACGGAUAAUGUGUUUAUUAUGAUCAAGAAGCCAAACCAAGUGUCUAACGCGGUUUACUCCAUAACGCCCAACACAGAAACUCAUGUGUCAGUGCGGCCCCUGUUGACACGCACCGACAACACCACUCGCAACAUUCCGCCGGAGCGUCGCAAUUGCCACUUCACGGACGAGCACGUUGAUUUUGGCAUCAGCGUUGCUCCUGGUCGCUUUAGUAAGAGUUUUUUGCUUUCCAACUGCCUUAACAACUGUCAUGAGUCCUAUUUGGUCAAACUGUGCAAUUGCACGCUACCAAUUUUCUUUCUAAGCAAUCAGAAAGCCAAUAACUGCACUGCGUCCAGUCUGCGGUGUAUUUCGCGUCACAAUGAUAUUUUUGGUUAUGACAAGCACUUGGAGGAGGAUAAUUACUUUAGCGCCACCAAGCCGGGCAUGACCUGUCCCUGUCUGGUCAACUGUAAUCUGCUGGAGUACUAUACGUCCACAACAACGCUGCCAUUGUCUUCAAGAGAAUUGCCUGCAUCACCGACUCUUAAGUUCUUCAAGGUGGAUGUGCAUUAUCAAGUGGAAAUGAUGAUAACGUUUCGCACUAGUCUGGAGUUUAGCAGCAUCGAUUUGAUUGCUAAUCUUGGCGGCAUAUUUGGCCUCUGCCUGGGCGCCUCUAUGGUCAGUUGUGUUGAGCUGCUCUACUUCUUAACUGUCGGAUUUGCUCUACACCUUUAUGAUAACAACUACUAUGUCGACUUUCGUAAGAAACUCAAAGCGAUGGGGUCCAAGGGGCUGCGUUAUUUACGUAACGAAGUGAGUCACGUUCACCAGGAAGCUGGUCCUUCGGAAUCUCUGGCCAAAAGUAAACUGCGGCAUCCGUUUAAUAACAGAACCAAUGCGUGGUGA